AUGGAUGACAUGGCCAAGAUAAAAGUUGGUGCUCCUGCUGUUUCAAGGUACCAUCAAAUCCUCCGAAUCUUCUAUUCAUCUGAUAUGCCAAACCUCAACGACCAUGACUUCCCCGUUCCAAAUUACCUUUUGUCUGUGUCUGGGUACCUGUUUCUGGAGGGAGCUUCAGCCAAAGAUGAUACCAACUCUCUCUCCGAGACUGCUUAUGAUACCACAUGGAAUUCAAAUGAAAAUAUUGAAGAAGUGAAAUUGGGUGAGGUUGCUGAUAAUCUGUGGUCAGUUUUGAUAGAACAAUGCAAAACACAAUUAAACGUAAACGUAAGUGAAGAAGAUCAUAAAGAUGUUAUAGAAAACGAAUUAACAGAAAACAGGAAUAUUUAUCGUUCUAGAGUAGAUAUUGAUAAUCUCGCAGAUCUAUUCAACAAUUUGUCAUCCGCGAAUAAUCUUGAUGUUGUAACCGAGGCUAUAAGUUCACAAUUCCAAUGUGACAUUAUUAGAUUAAAACCUAAUGGGGCCAAAGAAGUUUUGAAAGGAAGACAUGAUUCAAGUAGCAAACAGUCGCCAUUGUACUACAGAUUUAAGAAGACUGACGGUCGUUUUUAUCAUGUGCGUUUUCCUGAAGAAAGCAUUGAUAUGUACAAACUAAGUGUCACUAAUUUGGCAAGUAAGAACUUGAAACAUGAUGGACUUGGUCAUCUACAUCUUGACACACCAUACUCAGGUCCAACUCAUCUAAAGAUUCGAUCACACAAAUACAACUCUACCACUGCGGCAACCCAUGUGGCAGACCUUUACAACAUUCUCAAACCAUGUAAAGAUGAAAAGUCCAUUUUUAUGUUCCUGGCAGAUGGAGGACCCGAUUUCAACCCUUCACAUAUAACCAACUCAUUAUUCUACUACCGACUUUUCAAAAAACUGGAUGCAGAUUUAUGCUCGUUACUUUGCAUUUAACCCAAUUGAACAUUGUUGGUCUUUUGCAAGUAAUCAUCUUGCCGGUGUAGUUUUUUCCCCGCUUGUGGAUGAAGAUACCGCCGCCCCUGCAUUACAAAGUGGUUUAGAUGAAGAAGUCCGUAAACAAAAAGAAAAAGUUAUCUUUGAUCGAGCAAUGAAUGCAAUGGCUAGUCAGCAAUGGUAUGAUCUCACCUUUGAUGCUUUUCCAGUUAACGUUCAACCAGUUAUGGUAAAUGAAGACAAUUUACGAUGA